CAGAGAGGGAGGGACGCAUGAGAGCGAGUAAGAGGGGCUUAAAGCAGCAGCAUACCAAUAAAGAUAACCAAGAAAGACAAAAAGGAGAGUAUUAUUUUUCAUAUUAAUGAUUUUUCAUGCUUUAAAUCAUUUUUGUUCUUUUGCUGGAAUCAGUGACGUCAACAAGUUUUAAAAUGCCUCAAAAGAAAGUUGGAAUCUGGAGCUGAAAUAGACAAAUGCAGGAGACCUGCAGUGAUGGAAGGUGUCAGCUGUGUCACUGUGUGGUGGGGACGAACAGGAGAGCUGCUGCUGCUUUGGAUUUCCAUCACAAUCCCUCCAUCCCUCCUGCAGCCUCCUCUUCCUCUCUCCCUGCCAGUCCAGAUGUCAGUCACCCCCCCUUCUUGGCAGUUUCUCCCUCUGUCCCAAGCAGAGCUGGGCCCUCUUUUCUCCAACUUUAGCCCUUUUGCCUUUUCUCAGAGUAUGUUCAUGCUACCUCCGACAGGAUGGGCUACCAAGCCCGGCCUCAGGGCUUCAUUUGGCCCUCACUUUGUGACACAGCUUAUAUCAGAGUCCGUCCUCCCUGCCUCUCCCCCUCUAUCUGCCUCCCUUCUCUCAGAGAGUGUGGAAAUAGAGCGGGAUAAGGGAGGUCAGGAGAGGUUCAGGGUGAGGGUACUGUUUCACAAGCGAGGCAACAUCAGUUCUGAUCUUCGGACCUGCAUCACUCUACUGGCUUUCAAGGAGACAGAGGAGCACAAGGCCUCCUGUAUCACACAGCCUCCUCUAGGUUUGUGUGUGGUAACUCUGACACUGCCCAGUUCCUGGUUCAGCAAUCCACUUGUCAACCAGUCGCAUCCAUGGUACAGUAAUACCCGCCACACACAUCACUGGAUGCAGAAGCGAAAAUGGCAACGGAGCAUACGCCGUCACGGCAACCACCAGCAAGCAACUGCGCAGUUUCUGAGAUACCAUCCAAAUAUAGAUGGGGACAUCCAGAUGGACGGUCCACGGGCCCGCAGAAACCAACGGGGUCCCAUGAAAAACCAAAUACAGCUGUACUACUCAGUGGCGGACCUAAAGAUGACAUCAGCAGGAUGUGUGGAGGACAGAGAUGUGAAAUCCCAGAGGCAACUUUUCUAUAUCAAAGCAGUGACCCUGAAAGAGGCAGAGGACAAGGGGAAAGACCAGAGCAACACCAAACAAAACGAGCCCUGUACCAGCGGACAGGAAGAGGAGGAGCUCAAUCUGGACUCCCAAGUGGUGAUUCGCUAUCACAGAGGCCCAGUCCUAAUAGGACAGCCAAUCAGAGUCUCAGUGAAUCUGAGAGCUAAUGUCAGUGGUCAUUUUGCAGCCAUUAGGAUGAAGGUGAAGAAGGGCCUGGUGUCAAUAGUGGCCCGGAGAACUUUGACCUCUGACAUGUGGACAGUGACCCUGGAAAGAACCCAAGCCUCCAAACACGAUGUGUUGUCCAUCCUCUGCCACAGACAGAGAACACUAAAGCGGCCACAUGAUCCCACUCUCCUCCAGCAGGUGGCGUGUUUGUCAGUCGACGGCUUGAGGCGCAGCUUCGGUGUUGCCAUGAUGGUGCCUGCUAAUUGGUGGGUGGAGUACUCCAGACGUACUACCGUCCCGCCAUCACAUGUAGGAGCAGUGAGCAUCUUUUCAUUCACAGAUCGUCACAUCUUUGGCAUCGCACCUAUAACAGAGAGUAACACGUUGAUCAACACAGCUAUACUGAACAACCAGCCCGUGCUGCUGCCCGUCAUUGUGCUGGCUGUAAGCCAUGACGAGAAGGUGUCAGAUGUUACCUCUGCAGUCACAUGUCACUCCAUCAAUGAGAACAGUAUCAAGGUUUCCAGUGAUUGCUCUACCCUCUACGUUGAUGGCAGUGAAUCAGGAUUAGGGUCGACCUGUGCAGUGGUGGAGUUUCAUCUGGGCAUGCUCAGUGGGUCUGUGUGUCUGGAGGUUUGGGCUCCAUCCGUGCCCCUGCAUGUCUCCUUGGCAGACCCUACUCUCAAUGUCAUUGAUGGCUGGAACCUGAUCACAGAGAAAGGGUGUGUGCCGGUGUAUCAGCGCUCCUCAGUCCAGGUUCUGACCCAGUUCACAGCUCAGGACUCCCACAGCAGAACCACACACCACCUGGGUUCCUCGGAUUGGUUUGUAGAUGUGACUGAGCUGGUCAGUAACUGGCUGAGAGUAGAAGACCCCCGAGUGGCUUCCCUCAGGCCCCAAAACAUCUUGAUAGGAUUAAGACCUGGAAAGACAUCACUGCAUGUUAUCUCGGAGCAGUGGGAUGGCAUGUUGGGCACAUGUGACAUCACUGUGUCCUCUGACACUGUCAGCGCUGGCGAUCUGUCUGUACAAGCGGUCAGUGGCCUGGGAAUGUCAGUGAAGUCCAGCCCUGCCCACCCCUCCAUCAUCACAGCAACAGUGACAGCCUACAACACCAUGUACCGCUAUCACCAGGAGGCCUCCGUCAGUGUCUGGCUGCAGUUCAGUGACGACACUGCCUCCCUCCUCUCCUCUUUCAGUGACCUUCCCUUCUCCCUGCGUCUCUCCUCAUUGGCUGAGAGUGUUAUUAUGGUGACACCCAGUUCCAGUCAACGCGUCUUUGCUCAGGGUGACGGAGGUGGGCCUUUACUGCGAGCAGAGCUUCUGGUUUCUACGUGCGCCGAUCAGCUGAUUGUCUCAAACUCUUUUGAUGAAGAGAACGAGGAGCGGCAGGCUUCUACAAGACGAGAAGGGACCCGCAGGCUGGCGAGGGGAUCAGGCUGGAUAAGGGUCAACUUAGACCUAGACUUCAUGCAGCCAGUAGCCAAGAAGAGCGAGGAUGGUGUGGAGUUUGAGUUUGACAUUUCAGACACACUGGUUGAAUCACACGGUGACAUUUACUCAUCAAACAAAGAUGAAAGUUGGAACGUGAGCACCAGCAGUAACUACUAUGAGAAAGUAAGUCAGACCAUGACUAACAGAAGGUGGAAUGAGGUGGACAAAGGAGGCAUGGUCAGUCGAAACACUCUAGAAAGAGCAGUGCUGAUGCCGAGCCUGGACGAGGGCAAGGUGUACUUCUUUCCAAGCCAGGAUAAAGGAGGAGCAGAGGAAGACGAGCAGGGAACUCACGAGUUGGAACUUGGUGUGGGUGCUGUCCUCUCUCUGCUCUGUCUCUUUGCUGUGCUCUUUCUGGCUAACUGUCUGCCCUCCACCCUGCGACACAGGUCGAGGAGGACAAAAGAGAGAAUGGAAGGAGAACUGGAGGCAGGUGCGACAGAAGAUGGAGAGGAGAUGGAAAGGGAAAACGCCAAGGACUGGAAGACAUAGGAGACGAAGAACAUAGAGGCUUAGCUAAACAGAGAACAAUGGAGAGAGUUUUAAAGAAGUAGAUCUCCAAAAGUUGAUUCUGUUCAUCUGGACGUAGCGUUUUGUGGGAGAAACGUUUCGUCACUCAUCC